GGGGAAGGGAAAGGGAAAGGGAAACCCCAAAUGAUGAUCGCUGCUGCUGCAUGUCUCCGUCGCGACCAUCGUCCGGCUUGGCUUCCGCUCCCUCUCCACCGCCACAGCUCGCAACCUCGCCACCGCCGCUGUUGCAGCCGCGGCUUUGUCCUCGUAUCGGUUGCUUGCAGCUGCCCAGCCUGAUACGCGCUUUCUUCUUGGCUUGUCCUUACUGGAGCUUGAACAGCUAGUUCUUGACCUCGGCCAGGACGACGAUCUGUAUUGUCAACUCAGCAUUGUUGUGUUGAACAAAACUCGAGAGGCUAGCGAAGUCAGCUGUUAUUGGGGGGGCCGGGCGAGGAAAGAAGGUGAAAUCUUCCAAGCCACAAACUUGAAGAGCUUUACCUUCAGCGAUCUCAAGGCAGCCACUAGAAACUUUCGCCCUGAUAGUUUGGAUGAAGGCGGGUUUGGUUAUGUCUUCAAAGGAUGGGUGGACGAGAAUUCACUCACUGCUGCAAGUCCUGGAACUGGGAUUAUUAUUACCGUCAAGAGGCUUAGUCAAGAGAGCUGUCAGGGCGACCAGGAAUGGCUGACGGAAAUCAACCACCUAGGGCAGCUGUACCAUCCAAACCUAGUGAAAUUGAUUGCUUAUUGCAUCGAGGGCGAACGCCGGUUUUUGGUCCAUGAGUUCAUGCCUAAGGGCAGCUUGGGAAAUCAUCUCUUCAGAAGGGAUUCUGAUUUCCAACCUUUGUCUUUGAACCUGCGUAUGAAAAUUGCACUAGAUGCUGCGAAAGGUCUAGCAUUCCUUCACAGCGACAACGCCAAAGUGAUAUACAGGGACUUCAAUACUUCCAAUAUCCUUCUCGAUUCGAACUACAAUGCUAAGCUAUCUGAUUUUGGGUUAGCCAAGUAUGACCCAAUAGAGAAUUUGCACCCCUACGACACAAGAAUCAGCUCCACAUUUGAUUAUGGAGCUCCUGAGUACAAGAUGGCAGGGCGUCUGACAUCAAAGAGCGAUGUGUAUACAUUUGGGGUAGUCUUGCUAGAGAUAAUUUCGGGCAGGAGAGCCAGUGACCAGCAGGGGCCGUCGAGGGAGAUGUUACUGGUGGAAUGGGCAAGGCCUUACUUGAGUAGCAAGCAAAAGAUCUCCCGAGUGAUGGAUCCAAAGAUUGAAGGGCAGUAUAGUGUCAGCUGCGCACUGAAAGUGGCGGCACUAGCACUGAUAUGCCUGUCAGCAGACCCCAAGUGUAGACCAACCAUGGAAGAAGUUGUGAGAAGUUUGGAGCAGAUUUAUAACGGGUGCAGUAGCAGUAGUAGUAAUGAGGGUAAAUUAUCAGGAGGAUCAAGAUCGAAAGCAGCACGAGUCAACAAUGGUGGUAAACCGAGAAGGAAGAGGAUGAAUGGAGUUCAUGUUGUGGGUAAUUGAAGGGAUCCCUCUUCCCCCAAACUAUCUGCUUCUUCUUUAUGUCGAUAGAUGCAUGCCAACGGUGGUUGGUUGUGUUGUGUGUUCGACUUUGAUCCGAGGGUGAAUUGCCAAAAGUUUGUGGUGUUGAAUCAUGAUUUGUUAUAAUAGUACAGCAGUUCUUUUACCUUUUUCUCCCCAAUGUCAGUUCGGCUUGCAUGUUCUUGACUGUGUCAACUCGAGUGGUUGGGAUAUGUUCAAUCGUGGAUUAUAUACUAUUCACUAACACAUUCCCUCAAACGAAAGUCAGUCACUUCAUAAGGGGCACUCGAGUUGUUGGGAUAGGUUCAAUCGUGGAUCAUAUACUAUUCACUAACACACCCCCUCAAACGAAAGCCAUAAGAAUACAUGUGUUUCACAUGUUCUGAACACAAGAAUACAUGUGUUUCACAAAUGGGGUCACCGGGAUUUGAAUAC